AUGUCGACCACGGUAGACAAGAUUAAGGAGAUCGAGGCCGAAAUGGCCCGGACCCAGAAGAACAAGGCAACGUCCUUCCAUCUGGGUCAACUCAAGGCCAAGCUCGCCAAGCUGAAGCGCGAGCUGCUCACACCGUCUGGUGGUGGCGGUGGAGGUGGCGGCGCAGGUUUCGAUGUUGCGCGCACCGGUGUAGCCAGUAUCGGCUUCAUCGGCUUCCCCUCGGUGGGCAAAUCGACGCUCAUGAGCAGACUCACGGGCCAACACUCCGAGGCCGCGGCAUACGAGUUCACGACAUUGACGUCGGUCCCUGGUCAGGUCAUGUACAAUGGCGCUCCUCUGCAGAUGAUUGACUUACCCGGAAUUAUCGAGGGUGCCAAAGACGGCAGAGGGCGUGGUCGCCAGGUCAUCGCCGUUGCCAAGACGUGCCAUCUCAUCUUUAUCGUGCUCGACGUCAACAAGCCUCUGACGGACAAGCGCGUGAUCGAGACGGAACUCGAGGGCUUUGGCAUUCGCAUCAACAAGGAGCCACCCAACAUCACUUUCAAGAAGAAGGACAAGGGUGGCCUCAACAUCACCAGCACUGUCCCGUUGACACACAUCGAUCAUGACGAAAUCAAGGCGGUCAUGAGCGAAUACCGCAUCAACUCGGCUGAUAUCACCAUCCGUUGCGAUGCCACAGUGGACGACCUCAUCGAUGUGCUCGAGGCUAGGAGCCGAAGUUAUAUCCCUGUCAUUUACGUGUUGAACAAGAUCGAUGCGAUUAGCAUUGAGGAGCUCGACCUCCUCUACCGUAUCCCCAAUUCCGUGCCCAUCAGCUCAGAACAUGGUUGGAACGUCGACGAGCUAAUGGAGGCCAUGUGGGAAAAGCUAAAGUUGGUUCGAGUCUACACGAAGCCCAAGGGAAGGAUGCCCGACUACUCCGCUCCUGUUGUGCUCCGUUCCACGAAAUGCACCGUUGAGGACUUCUGUAACGCCAUCCACCGAAGCAUCCUUGAACAGUUUAAGAAUGCCGUUGUGUAUGGCAGGUCCGUGAAACAUCAGCCACAGCGCGUCGGCCUAUCGCAUCAGCUCGCUGACGAAGAUAUCGGUAUGUUAUGCAUCCGCUGA